AUGUGGUCCACACAUCCUCAAAUUGUCAACUGUGUGACAUCUAAUUGGCGUGGUUCUGAUCUCCCUAACCCUCUUGUUAAACUCAGCCUUAUACACAUAAAUCUUAGCAAAUCCCUUAGAAAGUGGGGAUGGGAUACUUUUGGAAAUGUGUUUUCCAAAGUGACUGCUACUGAAAAGGAUGUUGAGGAACUUGAGUUUGCUAUCCAAAAUGGUAAUGCUGAUAAUGCUAUCUUGCUCACUGCUCAAACCUGUUUAAAUACAGCCAUUGAACACCAAGAACUUCUUCUCAAACAGAAGGCCUCCAUUAACAUUUUUACUGAAGGUGACAGAAAUACUAAAUUUUACCAUUCCUAUAUCAGUUACAAAAGGAGAUGCAAUGCAAUUCACUAUAUUCAAAAUGUUGAGGGAUGCUUACUGAAUAACAAUGCAAGCAAUGCCAUGGAUGCAGUCAAAUUUUAUCAAACCUUAUUGAAUUCUACUCUUGGUCUAAACACCAACAUUGCUAUUAACUUUUUCACUAAAGAUUUUGAAUUUAACAACAGUCUCAAACUCUCUGAACACCCUUUUAAAACUAAAAUUUGGAAUGCCCUGAGUACUAUUGAAAUCUCUAAGGCUGCAGGCCCAAAUGGCUAUACUGUAGAUUCUUACAAAACGUCAUGGUAUAUCAUUAAGUUGGAUGUGACUAAGGCAAUUAUCAGCUUUUUCAACGGCAAUAACUUACUCAGCUAUUUUAAAAACUCAUCCUUUGUGCUCAUUACCAAAAAUGAUCUACAUAAGACCUAG